AUGUCGCAAUCCCACCCCACCAACGACGACGACACCGACGCCCUCCUUGACGCCCUCGAGAACGAAGACCCCAACCCAACCUACACAAGCCAGCGCAUCGCACAACUAAAAGCCGAACUCUCCUCCCCAAACACCACCCAAUCCCCCUCUACCAACGUCGUCACCACCCUCCUCAACAACUCCCCUCUCCCCACCCUCCCCACCGAUCAAGCCGUGCUCGAUUUCACCACCCAGCUCACCCAUUGCGUCGUGCACUUCUUCCAUCCCGACUUCUCCCGCUGCGGCACCAUGGACAAACACCUAACUCUCCUCUCCACCGCGCACUCUGCCAGCAGCGGAGCGCGUUUCGCCCGCGCCGACGUGCGCAGUGUCCCGUUCAUAGUGGAGAAAUUGAAAAUCAGGGUGUUGCCGUGUGUCAUUGGGUUCGUGGAUGGGGAGGUGCGGGAGAAAGUGGUGGGGUUUGAAGGUUUGGGCCCGGGGGGGUUGGAUGCGCUGGGAGAUGACUUUGAGACUGGAGUGCUGGAGGAGAGAUUGGUCCAAGGCGGGGAGGUCGAGGGUGAUGAGAGCGAUGAGGAUGAGGAUCGGGAGGACGCGAGACAUGAUAAGAAGAAAACGAUUAGAAGCGCGAAGCGGAGAGGUGACGAUGAAGAUUCGGAUUGGGAUUGA